UAAUAAUAUAAAAAAAUUGCAAUGUUUCUAAAUUCUAAAUUAUCCAAGUGUUUUUAAAUAAAUUUCCAUAUAUUUAUGUAAAUUUUGAACACUAUUAAAAUACACAAUUUUAAAUUCCACCACCUCCUCAUUUUAUAUCUUGGGCUUGGAUCGGUAUUAAUUUAACCUUAUAUAAUGUGCAGCCCUUGUGGCCCUAUGGUAUGUUACAAAUACGAAGACUGUGGUCCGCCGAAAGGAAAAUACUCCGACGGAAGCUCACGUCUGGAGGAGGGUGGUGGCACGGACAAAAAGGAUGAAAAAGAAAAUCAGUUAAAAAGAACGAAGAGUCGUGAGUUGCGAGGAGGCAUUAUGUACUACAGUUGUCACUGUAUAAAGCGUAAUGGGCUACAACAUGACUGUCGCAGGACGGGAUGCGGAGGUGAACCGGCAUGCUUGGUGUUACCAGAUCCGUUAUGUGCACCCAGUCAACUAGCACGAGCUCGUGGCCUCGCUGAUCCUGGACCCCUGGUAGGCCACAUGCGUGCUCAAGACGAAGGUAGAACCGGCGGCGCCGUGAAAGGAUCUGGAAAUGGCAAAAGGUUCAUUGUAUGUGAGCUGAAGGGUAUCAUACCAGAUGUUUCAGCAGCUCAAAGUGGAGGAAAAUGCUGUUGCUCCGCGCCUUCUGGUGGAGCGGCGACCAACGCCGGUGGAGCGGCAGCGGGCUUACCAGUACUCGUAAUGAAGCUCUGUGAAUGAAGAAACUGAUUUUCAGAAAGUUUUAAGAAAAAGUGCAAAUAUGAAAGCUAAUAAACUUUUUUUGCUUCCUAUAUUUCAUUUGUGAAUAAUAAAUAUUUCGAAA